AUGGCGGAUUGGGGGCCGGUGGUGAUAGCAGUGGUGCUGUUCGUGCUGCUAAGUCCAGGGCUGUUGUUCCAGCUGCCUGGGAGGGGAAGAGUGGUGGAGUUCGGGAGCAUGCAUACCAGUGGGAUUUCCAUCCUCGUCCACACCAUCAUCUUCUUUGGCCUCCUCACCAUCUUCCUCAUCGCUGUUGGCGUUCACAUCUACACUGGAUGA